AUGUGUCACAGUGGUUUGUCUCUGUGUAACUCGGUGGAUUUAUGUGGAUUGUUGAGGUUCAGUGACUCAGUUCAUCUGCUUGGACUGCUUGUGUUUCUUCUGUUCGCUCUGAAGCUGAAGGCUGUGAUGGAGGUGAAGUGGAUGAUGUUACUGCUGUCGACACACUUGUGUUACUCCACUGAGUUUUAUUCUUCAACAGAUCACAUGACUCAACUGAUGGACAUCCAGAGAGAGUUUGCUCAAUGUCUCAGUGAAUAUACACAAGCCCUGCGGAGACAGACGGACAGUCUCAUGAGGGCUGUUAAUGCGCUGGCGUGUAACUCUGAAGACACGUCUGAAGACACAGAGACAUUCAUCAGCAAUCCUCUCGCAGCGUAUCAACUUGUGAGAAAACUGAAUAAAGUCUGGACCAUCGCAAAUGAAGUUCUAGAAGAUCAAAACGUUCAAGACAGUUUGAAGAAAGUGCGUUCAGCGGCUCAGAUGUUACCAGGUCCUGAUGAUGUUGAAGGUUUAGUGAUGGCUCUGCUCAGACUGCAGGACAUCUACAGAUUACAUCCCACAAACAUCUCUGGGUUUUCUGGAGUAAAAAACAUAACACUGGAUGCAGAUGAAACCUUUGACAUUGCGGUGGUGUCCUAUCAGAACCAGAGGUUUUCUUCGGCUCUUCUGUGGAUGCUGGAGACCCUCAGAAAACUCAACGCCAGUGAGACAGCCAGCGUCAGCAGAGAAGAGCUUCUGUACCGUCUCACGUUAUUCUCCUGUCACCUGUCAGCUGGCAAAGAUCUGAUGAAUGUGAGCGAUGGACCUGCAUGUUCUGCACACAUGAUAGAGAAGAUGAAGUCGUGGGAUUGGACAGAAGUCAGUGCUCACUUUGCCACACCAGUGGAAGACACGUCACACAAGGAGGACACAUAUGAGAGUCUGUGCACAGGCAGGAGACUUAAGUCGAGGACAGAGAGAGGGCAGGUGUGCAGGUACAGGAGAGGACGACUGGGGACUUAUCCUCCGUUCAGAGAGGAGGUGGAGUGGACACAGCCGCUGAUUCUGAGAUAUCAUGACUUCACGUCAGAGCAAGAGAUGAACAUCAUCAAAACACUGGCCAGACCCAAGGAGUUGAUCUCUUUCAGCGCUUGGCUCUCUGAAGAUGAAGAUCCUGUCAUCACACGGAUCAAUCAGAGAAUCACUGAUGUUACUGGUUUAGAUCUGGAGACAGCAGAAGACCUUCAGGUGGCAAACUAUGGGAUUGGAGGCCAGUAUGAGCCGCAUUAUGACUCAAAGCUGGCCAAUGACUCCGAUUUUCAGCUCAGAGGCGGCCGGAUUGCCACUCUUUUAAUCUAUAUGAGUGAUGUGAAUAUGGGAGGGGCGACAGUCUUUCCAAACAUAGGAGCAGCACUUCAGCCGAAGAGAGGUUCUGCAGUCUUUUGGUUUAAUCUGCUGAGGAAUGGACGUGAAGACGGCAGGACCUUACAUGCAGCGUGUCCUGUGUUUGGCGGCAACAAAUGGGUUGCCAACAAGUGGAUUCGUGCUACAGGACAGGAGUUCAGGAGGAAGUGCUCGACAGACCCGUCUGAGUGA